AGUGAAAAAGUGACAAGGAGUCAAAAAGUGAAAAAGUCAAAAAUUAAAAUUGAUAAAGUGUAAAAAAAGUGACAAGGAGCCAAAAAGUGAAGGAGUCGAAAUAUAAAAUUGAUAAAGUGUAAAAAAGUGACAAGGAGUCAAAAAGUGGAAAAUAGUCAAAAAGUAACAAAGAGUCAAAAAGUGAUAAAGAGUCAAAACUUCAAAGUGGCAAAAGGUCGAAAAGUGAAGUAGUCAAAAAUUCAAAGUGACAAAGUGUCAAAAAGUGCCAAGAAGCCAAAAAGGGGCAAGGAGUUAAAACUUCAAAGUGUCAAAAGGUCAAAAAGUGAAGGAGUAAAAAAAUCAAAGUGACAAAGAAUCAUAACUUCAAAGUGACAAAGAGUCAGAAAGUGAAGGAGUCAAAAAAUCAAAGUGACAAAGAAUCAAAACUUCAAAGUGACAAAGAGUCAGAAAGUGAAGGAGUCAAACAAUAAAAGUGACAAAGAAUAAAAAUUUGAAUGUGGCAAAGAGUCAAAAAUAAAAAGUAAUAAAGAGUCAAAAGAAAAACUAGCUGUGAAAGUGUCAAAGUGACAAAGAAUCGAAAAAAAGUGUAAAAGUGCAAAACACUCAACAAAAGUAAAGUGCCUUGAGAAAAAAACCCCUCUUUUCUUCAGUGCCUCAAUCUCCCCACUAUUUUUUUUUUUCCUUAAAUCCACUCUCCAACACACGGAGGAUUUUAUUCCAUAACUAUAAGAGAGAGAAAAAAAAACAAGACAGAGCGAGAAAGUGGAAGGGAGCAGGAGAGCCGCAUAUUACAAAUGAAAAACCAAGUGUGUGUUGUGUUUUAAAACGUGCAUUGAUAUUGUCGUGACGAUGUCGAUGUCGAUGUCACGAAGGAGCGAUCGAAAAAUGAUCCACGUCCCGUGUUGUGUACAGUGAUAAAGGAUCGAUUUUUUGAUCGAAUCCAAUUUUUUUUUUUUUUUUAAUAAAAAAAAAUGUGUCCAUUUUUAAUUACAAGUGCUAAGUGUAUUUUAUGAUUUAAAAAAAAAGUGCCUUGUAUUCUUUGGAUUAUAAAAUUCGACCAUUUACCAAAAAUAAAAGGGUGGAAGAAAAAAUGAUCCUUCACGUAUUAAUUUCGAUGCUUACGCUCGUUUUUGGCGCUCAUCAUUCCAUCUACGUUGAUGAUAGAACGCAAAACUAUCUGAUGAAAUUCGGGUACUUGCCACAAAGUGAUCUAGAAACCGGAAAUUUGAGAACUGACGAACAACUCCGAGAUGCCAUUAAGGACUUUCAGGGGUUUGCUGGAAUUCCAGUCACUGGGGUAAUAGACGAGGAAACAAAAAAGAAGAUGGCCUCAAAAAGAUGUGGCUUACCGGAUAAACCAGAUCCGAGAUACGCACACAUGAGGCGGCACAAGAGAUUUACAGUUCACGGACAAAAGUGGAAUUCACCAAAUUUAACUUGGAGCUUGAGGACGGAGCAACCCAGUGGCUUGGAAACAGGCGAAGUGCGCCUGGAACUCAGCAGGGCGCUCGCUAUUUGGUCCGCCAAUUCCAAACUCACCUUUCAGGAAGUUAACAGCGAUCAGGCCGACAUAUUGGUUUACUUUCAUCGGGGUUAUCACGGCGACGGAUAUCCGUUUGAUGGAAGAGGAAAGAUAUUGGCUCACGCCUUUUUCCCUGGUGGCGAUCGCGGUGGCGAUGCACAUUUCGACGAGGAAGAAAUCUGGUUACUCAAUGGUGACGACAGCGACGAAGAAGGCACCAGUCUCUUCGCAGUGGCUGCCCAUGAAUUCGGCCAUUCCUUAGGCUUAUCUCACAGUUCAGUUCGAGGGGCGCUUAUGUAUCCCUGGUAUCAAGGGAUCACGACUAAUUUCGAAUUACCAGAAGACGAUCGAAAUGGAAUUCAACAAAUGUAUGGCGCUCCUGAGAAUAAAUUGUGGGCUUAUAUUCCGGUGUUUCCACGACCACGAAGGCCGACUACAACCACUACGACGACUACGCCAAGAAUCACAACGACCACUUACAGACCAUGGAAAACUCGACCUACGUGGUCACAUUAUCCAAACUAUUAUCCACACGAGGAAAGACCGAGAAGACCUCUGGAUCGUUACCCAGACUAUAGAAACGAGGGGACAGAUUAUCGACCACGAGAUCGCUACCCAAUAAAACCUGACUAUAGAACAGAAAGACCGGAUUACCGACCACCAACUCCGAGGAAGUCACAUGUACACCAUCAUCCGAGGCCAACUACUACUACUACUUCUACUACUACCACUACUACGACGACAACUAUGAGGACCACUACAACGGCAACGAGUACACAUCGACCUAGACACCACUGGACACCUCGGGUCACAGACGACAUUCCGCAUAAGUGCGAUACCAGCUAUGACGCCAUCAGCGUCAUCCGGAGGGAGGUCUUCAUCUUCAAGGGUCGGUACCUGUGGAGAAUAGGGGAUCAGGGAUUGUACGAAGGCUUUCCGGCGGAAAUCAGUCGAUUGUUCAAUGUUCCAAAGGACACUGAUCACGUGGACGCUGUUUAUGAGCGUCACGAUAAAAAGAUUGUCUUCUUUAUAGGAAGAUUAUACUAUGUGUUCAGUGCAAAUAUUUUGGAGCCAGGUUAUCCAAAACCAUUAACUUCACUUGGUUUACCGGCUUCCUUGAAGAAAAUCGAUGGUGCCAUGGUCUGGGGUCACAAUAAAAGAACUUAUUUCUUCAGUGGCACUAUGUACUGGAGAUUUGAUGAAUCCGUCAAUCAUGUGGAACUGGAUUAUCCUCGAGAUAUGAGUAUGUUCGCUGGUGUUGGUAACGAUAUUGACGCUGUUUUCCAAUGGAAAAAUGGCAAAACUUAUUUCUUUAAAGGCAAAUACUUUUGGGAAUUUGACGAUAUGCGAAUGAGAGUGGCACACGAGAAACCGAAAUUGUCUUCAGUUUUCUGGAUGAAUUGCCCUUCAGAUGGGGAUUCAAAUGAUAUAGACGAGACGCCAAGAAGACGAACCAAUUUAAAAAUCAGCUCGUCCUCCGUUUCCUCGACAUCGUCUUUAUCUUAUCUCCUUCUUACAUUCACCACAAUUCUUUUCAUUCGAAAUCUAAUGAUAAGAAAUAUUUUAUAACGUCAAAUUUUCCCUUAUAUUAUCAACUAUUUCCAAAAAUCAAUAAGAAAAAAAAUUUACUUCUUUUUCGAAAAGAAAAAAAUUUACUUUUUUUCAAAAAGAAAAAAAAUUUACUUUUUUUCACAAAACGAAAAAAAUUUACUCUUAGUGCAAUAUA